AUGUCGAACCAUGAUGGCAAAAACCCAAUGCCGUACCAUGAGGGCGAAGGCCCUAUGUUCGCCGCUUUCAGGAAUCUUAAUCUCAAUAGCAACAAUAACCGGUUCGAACGAGGAAGUUCUAGCAACAGCAACAUACAUAAUCUCAACCUUUAUUUUAACCUUGAUCAGAAUUCUCAAGAACGUUCUCGUCUCUCCGCCGGUGGCUUCAGAGUUCCUCCGUCCCCUCCGUCGUCGUGGAUCACCCAACCAGGUGCUUCUUCCUCCAUCAACUCCGGCCAACCCUUGGCCCAUCCUCAGAGUUUUGUGAGGCCAGAUCAUGUAUCGCUAUGUAGCCUGGUGAACAUGAUGACGUGUCCAAUACGUUACCCUCAAUUCCUAGGGCUCCUCAGAAGAUUUGAUACCUACGAAGCAGGUGAACGGGAGAGGAGAUUGUUACAUAUCGGGUCAAUGUUAACCACAAACCACUCCACUUUCCUCGAUGUGGCCACAAACAGAAACGGGUCUAUGGCCUUACGAACCCUCCUUCAACGCAGCCCUAGCUUAGAUAAGUUCAUAUUCAAAGCUGUCUGCAUGAACUUCUUCUCGCUCAUGAGCAGUAAGUACGGUCGUUUCUUGAUCGUCCCCACUAUACGAGCCGUCGAUAAACCCAGGAAGGAGAUCAUAUACGAGCUAACGUACCACAACACUCUGACACUUGCGAGAAACGACGUCGGAUGUGUUGCACUGAACGAUGUGUUUCAAGAGAUUAGAGGCAUAUUCAGAGACCAAAUCUUCGACCUUGUCGCGCAGGAAGCGCAGUGGUUAUCUUUUGAUCCUUACGGAACUCACGUGGUGCAGAACUUUCUGACACUUCAGAACCCGUGUGCAACACAAGCAAUCGCCGAGAAUCUUUAUGGAAGUUUCUUCUUAUUAGCGAGAGUGAGACAAGGAAGCUAUGUGGUGGAGAAGUGUCUGAAGUCGGAGUUUGGGAGAGAGAAAGUGUUGGAGGAGUUUAGAGGGAAUUAUAAAGAAUGGGUAAGAAUGGCGAAUGAUAAGUUUGGCAACUUUGUGGCACAGUGUGCGUUGAAAGUAAUGAAGCAGGGAGGAAUGAAACAACUGUUGAGGGAGUUUGUGGAGAAGCUACGACCUCACUUUCAUGAGAUGGAGAUUGGGCAUGGGAAGAACACGCUGAGAGUGAUUGAGGAAGAAAUUCAAGAAUUUAUUCUUGACUUUCCAGAUCCUCUGCUGGGUUUUGUGUCUUAA